AGGGUGCCUGAGGACAACUCAACUUUCGAAGAAAAAACAAAAACAAAAUUUCGCAGCACGCCAAAGUGUAAUAACGAAUGCGCUGGAAAUUCACCUGAAAGAAAAAAAAAUCGAGUGGUGCGAAAGUUUCCGCCGUGAGGAGUUUAUUUUUGUUAUAGCCAUUUAAUCGUUUAUCGCGAUGACCCGGAUAACUCGAUGAAAGAAAUGUUUUCGACAAAUUACCCGACAUCAUCGUCUCCCGUGGCGGAAAUUCAUGUUUCUUCGCAAAAAUCAGUGAAAUCUGAGUGUCUUCUGCGUCGGCGACGAGUUGGUGCAGUAGAUGACUCGUCUGCUAUAAAAGAUCAUCAGCAGAGCGAAGAACGUCAUGUUCUCAGGAGUAGUAAUAGUCACGCUCUGUCGUGGAUUCGGUCCGGAGUUCUCGUCGUCAUGCGCAACGAUGCUUGCUGGCUUUCUUUGCUGCUGAUUAUUUUCGCCGGUGGUUCUGUCGGUGGUGCUGCUGAUGGUGGUCACAGCUGGGAAGUAGGUGCCACUGGAAAGACUUCCUGGUUCAGCAGCACCGACCACGUGCCUCAGCGAUUCCGAGCUUUCGUCCCACGCGGCAACCUCGUGAUGGCUUGGACCGGUGGCAUGACGCGUCGUCACAAGCGUUACGUGGGUCAAUUCGGCGACAUGAUACGUGUCGCAACUGGUCGUGAAGCGCUGCUUUAUAACGCCUACGGAAACUUCUGCGGACUCGGCGGAGACCCUUCACACGAACCCGUGGACGAAACUGAUGCGUGUUGCAAGGCACACGAUGAUUGCUACGAAGUCGUGGACACCGGAGUGUGUCGUGAAGCUUGGCUUCGAUCCAAGUGGCUCUACUACGAUUGGCAAGUCCUGGAAUCCGAAUCCGACUACAAACUGACAGACGCCGAGGAUUACAAACACGUCCAAUCAACCUUACCCAUCAGUAGUGAACCCGGAGACUUCCAACCCGGGAAUGAAACCCUCAUACUUAGACCCGCAGAAAUGCUGCCGAGAGAACUUGAAAUUCUGGCUCGAAUGGAGCAAGUCAACAAGACUUUGAUGGAAGAAGCCAUCGGGGCUGCUGAUGACAAUUCAUCCGUACCGACCAACAAAAGCCGCACUUUGGCGGAUUUGGCAUAUUUUCUCAUUAGCGGAUUCAACACUGAACAGACAGCCGUGAUUGAAAAUGUGCAGCAGGAGAAACGAACUCAAGGCAUUUUAUGCGUGAGCAAAGAUCCUUGCAGACAAGCGGUUUGUCAGUGCGACAAAAUAGCAGCAGAGUGUUUCGCAGCAAACGGAUACAAUGUGAAACACAAAAGAUCGUCUUUGCUGGACAUCUUCGCAUCUCAUCGAGACCCUCGCGACCGAAAACGUUUCAUGAAUUAACCCCCAUCGUAGUAUUUUUUUGUUAAAAAAAAAACUCGAAGAUUGAACGAUGAUUUUUUGUGAGCUUGUCCAAAAGGAAAAUUAUGUUACCGAUUUUUAUAAACCGGAAAAAAAUUCCAUUGGAUUGAGUGUAAAUUUUCGGGGGAAUAUUUCCGUACGCGUUUUUUGAUACUCCGGGUGCAGAAAGGGUCGUGGAGACAAAAACAUGUUGUAUUUCAAUAACA